AUGACGGGAAGAAGAGCAGGCAGGUCUGCGACUGCUAGAAAUCAGGCAUCAUCUCCUCCGAAAGGAUCAGAUAGUGGGGCCUCUGGUAGUCCACCACGUCGUCGAACUACACGAAGCCAAAGUGUAAGCCUCGGAGAGAGUACCGCGGCGACAAAUUCGAAUCGCGUAAAUAAACGAUCUAAACGCCAAUCGAGCGUGGAAAGUGUCGGGAGUAAUGCAAGCGUCACUUCGAGUAGAAAUGGGAGGACCAGAGCAGCAAACCGAGGUGCUUAUCUGGCGCAUGACCUCUCAAUUGUCGCAGAAAGGGAUUCGGAACCGGAAGACGACGACGUAGAAAUGGAACAAGAUGAUCCAGAACUGCCCCUGGCGUCUCUGGCCCAAUCACCCGGAGGAGGGUCGCAAAUGUCUGGAACCACAGUUCGCUCCGCAAUGACAUCUCGGUCGGACGCUGCUGUUGCUGCCUUGGAUGAAUUGCUAGUCGAGCGUUUAUCGGACUUGUACUCUUAUUCUAGCAGGAUCGUGAACCAGCUCGUCCCAGCGAAUCCUUCCAUGGAUACGGUGACACGGACAGCUACACAAUUGAGGAUAUUUGGUUCACAGGAAGCAAGGCGAUUGCGUCUCAACGAAGAAUCAUUCAAAGUCCUUUAUGAAAGGUUUCUUUCCAAAGGCGAUACAUACAUCAGGAUACAUGAUGUGUUGAGGAAGUUUCUGGGAGGAGACUAUGGGGAGGGUGAUUUCCGACCUGAUGCAAUUCUGCAAUUGGCGAACAUGGCCACAAUGGUCAAGGAUUUCCUCGUCAAUGAUAGAGAGAGUCAAACGAUGAGAGACCUUCAAUUCUUUUUGAACCGAUGGUUCCCAGAAGCCUUUGUGACAAGCUUUGGGGCGUUUUCGAAAUUUGGUUCAAGCACACUGCUGGAUGAAAGCUUUGACCUUGCGCUGAACGUUCGCACUCAGUAUGCUAUAUCUGAACUUCUUUAUGCAAAAGAGUCAGACGAAUGGGACCCAGAACUCAUUGUCUCAGAGGUAUUUUAUGACAACGAAACCCAAACUCCCAAGAAUAUCAUGGGAAACGACACCCCAAAUUCCCCCGAUCAGACCAACUUCAUCAACGAGAGAGUAGAGUCAAUACGUUCAGCUUUCAAUGGCCCCAAAGGGCAAGAUCAAGGGGAUCUUGUUGAUUUUGACAAUCUUCAGGAUGAGCUAUUUCCAUGGCCUGCCUUCCUCACAGACCUCGUCUCAUGGACUAGACAACGGGCGGACGAAAUCAUCAGUUGCGUCAGAGCGCAAGGAGGACCAGACGUUAUUCAAGAAAAUCUAUCCACUAUGAUGCCCGCUCACGAUACUCAGGACAACAUUGAGCAAGCUGGUUUUGCAAAUGAAGAACCCCAAGAUCCGGCGCCCGUCGAUAUUACUGGGGAUAUGCCUAGUAAGAGUCAUGCCGACCCAAGGCUCAUGAAGAUGCUUGCUGCGAAGUUAAAAAACAAACGAAAGUUGAAGAAUGCUGAUAGCAAUGCACCAAAUAAAAGAGUCAUGGUUGAUGCACCACGAGGUUCGGUCAAUUCUCCCGAGCUUGGUUCAUCGAAGCGACGACAAAUACCACAGAGUGUUGUGGAGGAUCUAAAUCUUGGUGACAUGGAGGACGAUGAGGAUUUACCUCCACUUGCUGAGGCCAUGGCCAAGAGUGCAAUGGCAAAGCAGGUAACGGGAGAGUGGAACAGCUACCAACAAGAAAUCAAUAAAGAAAAUCGACCUGUGCAGAAUAAUAACGUCAUCCCACCAGUCUACAAGAAGAAAUUUAAUGACAAGAAUCACCAAGGCCAGAAGGUUGGGUGGGAAACUCAGGAAUUAGAAUCUACCGCGCCCCGUGGCAAUGCUAGCAAGCAGAAUCAAGAAGAAAGUGAGCCUAGCGAGGAUGAGGGAUUUCAGAGCGAUCGAGCGGCUCACGAGCCAGAACGAAGAGUGGUUCAAUUACGAAAAACAAUUGGUAAGUCGCGUGCACGGGGAAGUAGUCCGGAGGAAGUAAUCGCCUCAGCAAGCAACAAUGUACGACCAGCAGUCCAGGUAGGACAAUCCCGGCGUGCGGCAAAAGCGCAGACAGUAAAUGAGGACGACGAAGAAGAUGACUCUUCAAGAAACAGCGUUCGACGACAAGGCAAUGUAAAAGCAUCUCGGCCUGCGGCAAGACCGCAGACGGUAGAUGAGGACGAGGACGAUGAAGAAGAUGUACCGCCACCUACCGUUGUGGAAGUCCAAGAUCUCGCCAGAAUGGCUACUAGCCAGUCGAAAAGGCCUCGAGUACAAACACGUACCCCUUGGUCGGAACAUGAUGAACAACAUCUCAUAGAUCUCAUCGCGAAACAUGGGACGAGCUGGAGCCUUUUGUACAAACUGAGUCAUUUUGAUCGUGAAACCACAGAUGUUGGUCUUAAAGACAAAGCGCGAAAUCUCAGGGCUGCUUGGGAGAAGACCGGCGUGACAUUACCAGUCAAUUUUAAUCUCGUUCGACUUUCGAAAAAAGAGGUCGAUGCUAUUCGGAAUGUGCGUCCUGACUUUGAUCAGGACGAUUGA